AUGUCCAGUUCAGUUAAUAAAAUUGAAGCGACUUACAUGUUAAUCAAUUUAAUCAACUAUCACCAAGUGAGGUUUAAUGAACGGAGAUGUGUUUCAUCAGUACAAGAGGAGGGUGAGCUUGGAUCGGAUUUUUUGACUAUUGGUAUAGGCCUAGUUGUACCCAUGAAGAUGGAAACUGGGUCUCCAAAAGAAUAA